AUGCCCAUGGUAAUUAAAGGCCAGUAUGGAAAUCCUCUAAAUAAGUACAUCAGACAUUAUGAAGGAUUGUCUUAUGAUGUGGAUUUGUUACACCAAAAACACCAGCGUGCCAAAAGAGCGGUAUCACAUGAAGAUCAGUUCUUGCGCCUAGAUUUUCAUGCUCAUGGAAGACACUUCAACCUUCGAAUGAAGAGAGAUACGUCUCUUUUUAGUGAUGACUUUAAAGUAGAAAUAUCAAACCAAGUAAUUGAUUAUGAUACCUCCCAUAUUUACACUGGACACAUUUAUGGUGAGCAGGGAAGUCUUAGCCAUGGGUCUGUUAUUGAUGGAAAAUUUGAAGGAUUCAUCCAAACUCACAGUGGGACCUUUUAUAUUGAGCCAGCAGAGAGAUAUAUUAAGGACAAAACUCUACCGUUCCACUCUGUCAUUUAUCAUGAAGAUGAUAUCAAAUAUCCACAUAAAUAUGGACCCCAAGGAGGCUGUGCAGAUCAUUCAGUAUUUGAAAGAAUGCGGAAGUACCAGAUGACUGGUAUAGAAGAACCAACAACAGAGAAGCCUUUUGAAGAGCCUAAGAACAAUGGUCCACAGCUUUUAAGAAAAAAGCGUGCCACUCAGGCUGAAAAAAAUACAUGUCAACUGUAUAUUCAGACUGAUCAUCUGUUCUACAAGCAUUAUGGAACAAGGGAAGCUGUGAUUGCACAGAUAUCCAGCCAUGUCAAAGCGAUUGACACAAUUUACCAGUCAACAGAUUUCUCAGGAAUCCGUAACAUCAGCUUCAUGGUGAAACGAAUAAGAAUUAACACAACUGUAGAUGAGAAGGACUCUUCCAAUCCCUUCAGAUUUCCUAACAUUGGUGUGGAAAAGUUUCUGGAACUGAACUCAGAACAGAAUCAUGAUGAUUACUGCUUGGCAUAUGUGUUUACAGACCGUGACUUUGAUGAUGGAGUCCUUGGUCUGGCUUGGGUUGGAGCCCCUUCAGGGAGCUCUGGUGGAAUAUGUGAAAAGAGCAAACUGUAUUCUGAUGGUAAGAAGAAGUCUUUGAACACUGGAAUCAUCACUGUUCAGAACUAUGGCUCUCAUGUUCCUCCCAAGGUUUCUCAUAUUACUUUUGCUCAUGAGGUUGGGCAUAACUUUGGUUCACCUCAUGAUUCUGGAAUGGAGUGCACUCCGGGAGAGUCCAAGAACUUGGGACAGAAAGAAAAUGGCAAUUAUAUCAUGUAUGCAAGAGCUACAUCUGGGGACAAACUCAACAACAACAAGUUCUCUAUCUGUAGCAUUCGAAAUAUCAGCCAAGUUCUUGAGAAAAAGAGAAAUAAUUGUUUUGUUGAGUCUGGUCAACCCAUCUGUGGUAAUGGACUGGUUGAACAAGGAGAACAGUGUGAUUGUGGAUAUAGUGACCAGUGUAAAGAUGAAUGCUGUUAUGAUGCAAACCAAUCAGAAGAUAAAAAAUGCAAGUUAAAACCAGGCAAAUACUGCAGCCCUAGUCAAGGCCCUUGCUGUACUGCACAAUGUAAUUUCAAACUGAAGACUGAUAAGUGUCGAAAUGAUUCUGACUGUGCAAGAGAAGGAAUGUGUAACGGUGUCAGUGCUCUCUGUCCAGCAUCUGAGCCUAAACCAAACUUCACAGAUUGCAACAGGCACACACAAGUUUGCAUAAAUGGGCAAUGUGCUGGCUCUAUCUGUGAGAAGUAUGGCUUGGAGGAAUGUACAUGUGCUAGUUCAGAUGGCAAGGACGAUAGAGAAUUGUGUCAUGUCUGCUGCAUGAGAAAAAUGGACCCAACUACUUGUGCAAGUACAGGCUCUAACCAGUGGGAGAAAUACUUUGGUCGUAAAACUACUACUUUGCAACCUGGAUCUCCUUGUAAUGAUUUCAAAGGCUACUGUGACGUGUUUAUGAGGUGUCGGCUUGUAGAUGCUGAUGGCCCUCUAGCUAGAUUAAAGAAAGCAAUCUUUAAUCCACAGCUAUAUGAAAAUAUUGCAGAAUGGAUUGUGGCUUAUUGGUGGGCAGUGUUGCUUAUGGGAAUUGCCUUGAUCAUGUUAAUGGCUGGUUUCAUUAAGAUAUGCAGUGUUCAUACUCCAAGCAGUAAUCCAAAGUUGCCUCCUCAUAAACCACUUCCAGGCACUUUAAAAAGGAGGAGACCACCACAAACCGCUCAGCCACCACAGCGGCAAAGGCCCCGAGAGAGUUAUCAGAUGGGACAUAAGACGCUGACUGCAGCUUUUUGCCUUGGUUCUUCCUAGUGCCUACAAUGGGAAAACUCACUCCAAAGAAAACCUAAUAAGUCAUUGUCCCCAGUCUAACUCUCAAAAACUGAAGAGAAAAAAAAAAAGCAUGAUAUGCCCUCAAAACAAGUGGAAAUUAAUUUUUAAUGAGUGAAUCUUCCAGCUCAAAAAGAAGAGAAGUGUUUUUCUUGCAUAUUUUUAAUUUAGUGGCACAAAGUCCUGGAGUAUCAUGAUUCUUUCCCCCUUCUGUGCUCUUCAUUGCUGCAUUUUCUUCACUUGCAGGCAAAUAUGGCUGUAGUAGAACUUUUACUCAAGAAUU